AUGUCCACCGAAAGAGAUAAUGUUAGUAGUCCAACCGUGGUGCAACUUCUUGCCCCCGAAGAUAGACGCAGUUCCAUUGAACUCCUCGACAUCAUGGCUGCAUUCGAAGAGUCUCAUGGAUGCUCCUUGGCAGAUCAUUGGGUGGAUAAUGAUGCCAGUUCGCGGUCGGAAUCACCCGUUUCUCAUCUUGACACCAUGAUGGGGGAACAAGACGACCCCAACAACAACAGCAAAGUGCUACGCUCCUGGAGUCCGGUGUCCGGUGCCAAGAAGGUCUUCCAAAGUCUAUCAUCGGAAGUCAAGACUGCAGGGAGCUAA